AUGAAGGCCGAUAAUAUCAUGUUCGGUUCCUUGUUUACGGGCCAAGACCCCACAUUUGAGAGAUACCGAAGUCGGGCACACCUGGCCGAGCUGAUAAAUCUUCUGGGGCCUCCUCCCUCCAGCCUUCUUGCUCAAGCGGAGCUACGAGAUAAAUUCUUUUCAAGUGAUGGUGCUUUCCUCACUCCGGACUUAUUGACGGAUCCAGUCCCGCUUGAGAAAAGCGGCCUCCCGCGUGACCACCACGCCCUCUUCGUCGAGACUCACGAGAACGGCUCUUCCACCGGCCACAUCUACCACGUCAAAGGCAACAUGAAGGAAGGCAUGAACUUCGAGCACCGGACUGAGCAGCUACCAGAGGAUAUACCAGGGUUCUAUAGCAAGAAGAAGCUAGGUGUGGUAGCGAUUGCAGAGUACAGGUGCGUCUUGGGGAUUUGUGAGGGCAUGCCAGUGCCCAAGAAGCAGUUUCACGGGGCAAGGAGGUUGUAUCAGCGGGAGCCGUUGAAACGGUGUCAGGAGUGGGUUGCUGAGGCCGUCAAUGCUUUGAAGGGGGAGGGGGGUUUAUGA